AUGGCAAGACGGCAAGACUGGAAAUGCUGGCUUAUCACUCGUUCGAUAUCUGAACCGGAGGUGCUGAUUCUUGUUGACGAACUUGACAGAAGAGGUUUGACACCGAGUUCUACUAAAUCGGAUGAAUUUCCUGAGCUGCAAUGCUGGCAAAUUAAAGUUGCGUCAAGUAUCUCGGGUGAAGCAAUCAUAUAUACAAGAAGCGCUGGCAAUGACGACAACAAUAGCCCGAAAAACCGAUUUGAAGCAUGUCUUUUUUCCGAUAAUGAAAAGCUCGGGUUACUGAUGAGAAACUGGAUCGCUCAGCACACUGAAUCUUUCGUGGAAAAAAUGGAGUUUCAAAACCCAUUGAUGAUAGCAAUUGCUGACUGUAUCCUCCAACAGGGUUUGAGGGGAGUCCGUAUCCUGUAUGAGCCCGAAACGCAGAAUAGGCAUCUCAAAAAAAUGGAAUUUGACUUUGCAGAGCCCGAUGUGCGUGCUCUGGUGCAAAGUCACGGAAACCAGGAAAAUGCGCUGUCAAAAUGUAUCUUACCUUAUUUGCAAUCCCAGACAGGCAUACGGUGCCACAUUCUGCCCCUGUCGGAGGUUAGGAUCCAAGAUCGAGUGAUUGUGACUCCGGAAGCGCUCGGCACUCUCAACGGCGACGGCAGCGUCCUGAAAGCGCUUGCCAGUCCAUUGCUCGGUCUGUUCAAUGCUUUUUACCGAGAAGCAAUUGCAAAGAACCAGUGA